CUGUGACAGGUAUUUUCACUAGAGUCAUGCAUAUGUGUCGCUUGCCUGUCCCUUUCUCUCUAUACACAAUAUGUUGGGUUGCUUGGUAGCUCUCUGCCGGAGGGCUAAACCUCUUCUUGAGCAGCUUAGAGCCUACGGCGUCGUUCAUGGAUGUAAGAAGACAAAGCCAGUGAGGAAACUUUGGUCAAGUCUCAAUAUAUCAAUAACAGAUUUUGCAGCCAUGGAAGUGUCAAACCAGUUUAAGCAAGUUUUUGAGGUCAUCGACGAAAACGGGGACGGGAAAAUUUCCCCGUCUGAGCUCAGUCAAGUGCUGUUGUGCCUCGGGUACAAGAAGUCCAUUGCCACCAAGGAAGCCGAAGGAAUGGUGAGAGAAAUGGAUGGCAAUGGAGAUGGGUUUGUUGACUUGGAUGAAUUCAUGGAUGUAGUGAUCAAUGCUGCUGCUUCGGAUGGCAUAUCGAGCAGUGGUGGCAGCGAAGAGAAUGAACAUCUCAUGGAUGCUUUUCUGGUUUUUGAUAUUGACAAGAAUGGGAAGAUUUCGCCCGAGGAGUUGCGACGGGUUUUGGUCAAGCUUGGAUGUGAUAACUGCAGUCUUAGAGAGUGUAGAAGAAUGAUCAACGGCGCAGAUAAGAAUGGUGAUGGCUUUGUGGAUUUUGAAGAAUUUCGAUUGAUGAUGACAAAAGAUGCUAGUUAAAGACGAUUGAAUUGAGCUGAAUCAA